GUGUGUGAUUAACUUAUGAUCAUUAUGAUAGUUGAUAUAAUAUAGAAUAAACGCCAUAGAGACAAAUCCAUAAUAAGUUUUUUUUCUUUUUGAAUGAAAUAACAUUUCACUAUUCUGUCUAUUUAUCUUUUUUGUCGAAAAUUGUUUUUUUUCAGAUAAAGUACGCAAAUAAAAAUGAAAACACAAUUAUCCGAAUUAUUUAUUAUAAUGUUGUUAACCAUUUUGAUGUUAUCAUUGGUUGACGUAUAUAGUUUAUCUGAAGAACAAAAUCCUCAUAAACAGUUCUAUGAUCCCCUUUAUGAAUACAGUGACUACAUCAAUCAGGAGAUGAUUCCAAACAAACGUUAUAUUAGAUUUGGGAAACGAGCUGAUAAUGUUAUGCGUUACGGUGGUAUUCCAUCAUUAACACGGCAUAAAACCUACUCCAUAUAUGAUCUGUUAAAAGAAAGACAAUAGAAUAAUUAAUUAAUGCAUUUUUGUUUCUUUUUUUCUAUUAAAAAAAGAAAAGAGUUUUAUUAAAAAGACAAGACAAAAUCUGUGUCAAUAUUUCACUUUCUGAACUACUUGUGACUUAUACUUUCCUAAUAAAAAAAUACUACUGAACACCAUAUACAUGAAACAUUUACGUUUUAUUCUUGUCUUUAUUAGGUCUGACAGUUACAAUGUCAUAAUAUAAGCCUAC